UUUCACGCCCUGCAGUUGCUCUAGAACCAUUCUAGUUAGUAAGAACCUUUGCUUAGUUGUUUACUUAGACGGGUUAAGUUAUCCCGGAUGACUUUGGUCGAAAAGCGUAUCUUCCUGGCCACCAGUCAAAUCCCUAAUCCCUUUUACAAGAAAGAAAGACCGUAAACCAUGGCCGGAAAGACACUAGGCCGAUCAUCGGGCUCCCUCAAUGCCCCAAUAGCCGCCUUCACCAUGGCCCUUCUGCUUGGCUCCUACUGCAUCAAAUCCAUCCACACCGCUCGUCGCGAAGCGCAAUCCACAUCAAGCAUCGCAACCACGACGCCCCGACCUACUAAGAAGGCAGAGUCGCAGUCUUCAUGGGUACAGCAGGCACUGGAAGAGAGUCGAGAGGGGGAGAAGUGAUUCUAAAUCUUACACAAAUUAUGCGUUGUAUAUACUACUACUACUACUACUACUACUACUACUACUA